AUGUCAGGUCCGUGGCUGACAUGGAACAUCCGUGGCUUGGGAGGAACAACGAAGCGGGAAGCAGUAAAGAAAGCAAUUUUGCAUUUGAAACCAGAACUAGUUCUGUUACAGGAAACAAAACUGAAUGAACUUCGGGAGCGUACAGUAAUUUCUUGGACUAAAAGUCUCAAUAUGCAGCAUGCUGAAUCUAGUUCUGUUGGAACAGCUGGGGGGUUGAUGUGUUUGUGGAGGGAGAGUUCUUUGCAGGUUCUGACAGUGGCCGUAGAAACGUGGUUUAUUCUUCUGACUGUGAAGUUGCCUAAUAUUGAUCAAACAGUGCUGAAUGGAAAUGUUUCUGGUCCUCAUUCUAUGUCAGAUCGUAGUCUUUGUCUUGAAGCUCUAAAGCAACGGGUUUUAUGCCAUGGCGGUUUUGUAUGUAUAGGGGGAGAUUUUAAUGCGGUGCUACUGGCCUCUGAACGCACAUCAGGACGUGUCCUUGACGUGGGUGAUUCAUCCUUUCAGCAGUUUGUACAAGACAGCAAUUUAUUGGAUUUACCACUGAAUAAUGGCGAUUAUACUUGGUUUUCUAGUCGGAACGAAGGGAUUUGGAGUCGCUUGGAUCGUUGGUUAGUGUCUGAUGAGGUCCUGGUAACGUUCUCUAAUAUUUCUCAAUCUGUUUUACCAUGGAAUGUAUCUGAUCAUAGGGCGGUGGGUUUAUUUUUUGGGGUGCCUGAUUCGGGACCAAAACCAUUUUAUUAUUUUAAUCAUUGGGUUGAUGAGGAGGGUUUUAAAGAAUUAGUGGAGGCUUGGUGGACAUCUGCUGUGUAUCAAGGGUGGUCGGGUUAUGUGUUGAAACAAAAGCUAAGAGGAUUGAGAGGAAAAAUUAGAGAGUGGCGUAGAAAGAAGGGUGCAUGGGGAGUAGAAAAAAUUGCCAAUUUAGAGAAAAGAUUACAGGAGGUGAUGAGUGAGUUAGAAGCAGAGGGGGGUUCAGAGGCUCUGAAUAAGGAGAGAAGGAUGGUUUUAGAGGCUUUGUGGCGGGCAUACCGUGAGGAGGAAAGAAUAUGGUUACAGAAGUCAAGGGUAAGGUGGUUGAAGGAGGGAGACAGAAACACAAAAUACUUUCACCGUGUGUGUAAGGCACGUACAGUAAAGAAAACCAUCACGCAGCUAAGGUAUGGUGGGCGUCUGUUAACUUCCCCAGAUGAGAUAAAAGAAGCUAUGCGAGCACAUUUUAUUAAUUUUUUCCGCAAGGAUGGUGGUCCUAGGCCAAGGUUCUCAAACAGUAAAUUAAAUAAAGUGUCGGAGGCACAAAAGCACUUUUUGGAAGCAGAUUUUACAGUGGAGGAAAUAUGGGAGGUGGUAAAAAUUUUUGAUGGGAAUAGAGCUCCAGGUCCUGAUGGUUUCAGCAUGGAUUUUUUCAAAAAAUUCUGGAACUUAAUUAAAGAUGAACUGUUAUGUUUUUUCAAUGAUUUUUUCAUGUCAGGACAGCUGGUGAGGGGUCUAAAUUCCACUUUUAUAGCUCUUAUUCCUAAAGGGGGUGAACAAGAGCAAAUAUCGGACUACAGGCCGAUCAGCUUAAUUGGAAGUAUUUAUAAACUGCUGUCAAAAGUCCUUUCUCUGCGUCUGAGUUCGAUGCUGCCAUGUUUGUUAAGUCAGAAUCAGUUCGCUUUCACUACAGGUCGUCAGAUUGCGGAUUGCUCUCUAAUUGCUAAUGAAAUUGUCCACACCAUGGCUUCAAGGCCAGAAGGAGGUUUGCUAUUUAAAAUUGAUUUUGCAAAAGCUUAUGAUAAUGUUGAAUGGGAUUUUAUGCUGGAGCUUCUGCAGGAAAUGGGUUUUGGGAAAAAAUGGAUUAGCUGGAUGCAGGUGUGCGUUUCAACAGCUUCCUUAGCAGUCCUGGUUAAUGGCUCGCCUUCUGAUUUCUUUAAUAUUCAGAAGGGACUGCGUCAGGGUGAUCCCCUCUCACCUUUACUAUUUAAUAUUGUGGCAAACGGGAUGUCCUGCAUGCUUAAUCAGUUACGGGAAGGGGACGCACCAUGUGGAGUGGAAUUGGCGCCGGGGUUCCGCAUAAAUCAUUUACAGUUUGCAGAUGAUUCCUUGCUGUUUUCUGAUUGUGAUGAGCUUCAGUUCCAGUCUCUAGCCAUGGCAAUUGAAGCUUACUUAUACAGUUCAGGGUUGAAGGUAAAUUUUAACAAAUCAGCGGUUUAUGGGGUGAAUGCCAAUUCUUCUAUGGUACAACAAGCUGCAACUUGGUGGAAUUUUAAAAUCGGUACGCUACCUUUCAUUUAUCUUGGGUCUCCAUUGGGUGGCAAUCCUAGAAGAUUGUCUUUCUGGAAUCCGGUGCUGGAAAAUAUGACUGCAAAAUUGGGGGAUAAUUCAGCGGAUAGAGAGGAUUAUGCGCCGGUUCCUAUGGGGGGGCCUUCUGGUGAAAAUAAAAUCAUGUGGAUAGCAUGGGAAGACUUGUGUAAGGGUACCCGGUUUGGAGGCCUAGGAGUGGGUUUUCUUGAAUGGAAAAAUAAGGCUAUGCUUUUAAAGUGGGUGUGGCGGUUUGGUCGGGAGAGAGAUGCUCUAUGGAGGGAGGUGGUCUGUAAAAAAUAUGGUUUACCACUGCAGCUGAUAUCUUUUAAUGUUGACCCGGCUGAUGUGAAAAAAUUAUCUAAGCCUUUGGCAGAUAUGUAUGGUGUUUGGCGUGAUAGUGGGUUAGUGGGCAAUGUCUUUAGGGAUGGUAUGGCUUGUCAGAUAGGGAGGGGAAGUGGUGUAUUUUUCUGGUUGGAUCAUUGGAUAGGUUCUGCGCCUCUAAAAGUGGCUUUCCCUCGGGUGUUUGCACUAGCAGUUAAUAAGAGGGCAUUGGUGAGGGAGUAUGGCACGGUUUUCGGUCCUCAAUGGAUAUGGAAUAUUGCUUUUGUACGUGAUUUUCUGGGUUGGGAGAGACAACAAUAUGAUGAUUUACUGGCACUCCUUCAGACUUUGGUUCCCAAACAGGGGGAGAGGGCGGACAGAGAUUCCAUAAUUUGGAAACAUGAUAAUAUGGGGCUCUACAGUGUAAAGUCUAUGUGUGCAGUUGUGGAAGCCCGAUGGUUCACUGAGGAGGGAUGGUCUGUCCCUCAAUUCUUGAGGCCUAUCUUACCUUCAAAAAUUGCUUUAUUUUUGUGGCAGGUGCAGAAGAACAGAAUUGCUUCAAAGGAGAACUUGGAACAAAGGGGGGUGGUCUUAGAGAAUGGUGCAUCUUGCAUUUUUUGCUUGUCUACAACAGAGAUAGUGGCACACCUUUUUUUGCAUUGUCCCCAGAUAUGGAUGCUAUGGACAACAGUGUUACAGAGGGAGGGCAUUAUGUGGUCUAUUCCAGAAUCAGUUUUGACAUUGCUGGCUGAGUGGAGUCAGUUACGCAAAAAUACAUCAAGAAUUAUGUGGGAGAUGAUUCCUUAUGCAUUGUGCUGGGAGAUAUGGAUGGCAAGGAAUAAUGUGAUUUUCCAUGAUAAACUUUUUGAUGUGGAAGCCAUUUGGGAGUCUCAUGUAUUUUUACUGUUUACUUGGAUAAGAGCUUGGUGGAAAGAUUGUCCUUAUGAUGCAACUCAGUUUGAAAGGGGCUUCUCAAAAAUUGAUCUAACUGCCAAGGUUAGUGUACGGCCUCUUAUCCCUUGGAAACCACCUCAAGGGACGAUUUUGAAAUUCAAUGUGGAUGGUUCUUUUCAAUCAGGACGAGCAGGCAUUGGGGGGAUUUUGAGGAAUAGUGCAAAGGAGGUGAUUGGGGAGUUUUCUAGAAAGGUGGAGGUAAAACGAGCUGAUGAGGCGGAGGUUUUGGCAAUCUUGGUCAUAAAGCUAUGGGAGAAUUUGCGGCGUAGUAUUAGCAUCAAUUUUGUCGCUGUCUUGCUGUUUUGUAAAUUUCUGGAAGGGCUUGCUGUUUGCUGGUUUUUCAGUUUGCUGUUGCUGUUUUCUGGAGUGCUGCUGCUGUUUUUGCCUGGUUGCUGGUGUCUGUUUGCUGUUGCUGAGUGCUGUCGCUGCUGCCUGUUUGCUGUUGCUGCUGCGCCUGUUUUCUGUUUGCUGUUUGGCCUGCUUACUGUUGCUUAUGGUUUUAAUGAGGCUCCUUCUUGGGAAUAUGCUAGUGGUCACCCUGCGGGUUGGUGGUGGGUUUGGUGCACUUUUGCACAUCGUUUUUCAGGAACUUCUCUGAUUCAUAUUGUACCUGGCUCUGGUCUUGAGACUAUUUUGGCUCAAGCAAAUUCUUAA